AUGCAAGAAGAGAUGCAAUCCUUGCAUGAGAAUAACACCUAUGAAUUGGUGGAGUGGAGAAUAGCCAUGCAAGAAGAGAUGAAAUCCUUGCAUGAGAAUAACACUUAUGAAUUGGAAUCAGUAGAAGGAAGAGAAGCAGAGGGCAAGUUGGUGGAAAAGAGACAAAGGAGAAGUAAAAGAAUAGGGAAAGACAAAAGUGACAGAAUUAGUGAGUUGCCUGACAGUGUUCUGCUUCACAUAAUAGAAUUUAUGGACACAAAAUCUGGUGUUCAGACUUGUGUGUUGUCUAAACGAUGGAAGGACCUUUGGAAAAGUCUCACUAACCUCUCUUUUGAUUACUCGUACUUCAGAAGGAUUUCCUAUUUUAAGAAAUUUGUGUCUCAGAUUUUGUCUACCCGAGAUCACUCAAUUUCUCUACUUAACCUUGAUAUUCGUCUCCACCGCUCCUCUCAGUCCUUCCUGAAAAGGGUCAUGAAAUAUGUUGAAUUGCACAAUACCCAGCAGUUGACAAUCCAUAUAGCAUUAUCUAUGUUAGAAGUUGAAUUUCCUGCUUUCAAAGUUUUAUGUUCAUCUUUGUCAUUUCUUCGGCUUUUCCAUGAAAAUUAUUAUCGCCCUUUUUUUAAAUUUCCUAAAUCUCUGCGGUUACCUGCAUUAAAAAGCUUGCAUCUCAAGAAUGUCUGUUUUACUGCAAGUGACAAUGAUUGUGCUGAGCCCUUUUCAACUUAUAACUUGUUGAAUACUUUGGUCCUUAAAAAUUGUUGUCUGUAUGAUGAUGCAAAAGUGCUCUGUAUAUCUAAUUCUAAUAUUUCCAGUCUGAACCUGAACCUGUAUCAUCCCUAUAAAAAACCUUACAAAAUUGUGCUUUCUACUCCAAACCUUAAUUUUCUAACUAUCAUUGGUCAUGGUGGUCACCAUAUAUCCUCGACGUGCAAUCAUUUGUUUCUUGAAGAAGUAAAUAUUCGCGGUAAAUCUCCAGCCCUCCUGAGAUGGCUGCAACACUUUGCCAAUACAAAGAAAUUGACACUCUCUGUGUCUACCAUUGAGUCUAUUUUACCUGCUCUAUCAAAUCCUAAUUUAGUGGAAACUCAACCUCCUUGCUUUGCUAGAUUAGAGUCGUUGAAAGUGAUAAUGGUGGAUACAAGUAUGAUAUCCAAUGAAGCUGUAAACAGGAUGGUGCAGUAUUUACUUCAAUACUCUCCACUGACCAGAGUUGUUGUCACAAAGGGAUGA